UAAUCUAGUCGCACGCUGUGUUGUUUUAAGUGGAGAAAACAUGUAUUGCAAGCAGUCUCUGUGUUAAUGAUAUAAACGGCACCAAAACUGUCAUCUUCUUUGCCUAAGACAUUGUUUUUACUCUCCUAGGCGAUUUCGAGACUCAACCAACUCUACGUAUCUCUCAGGUUUAUUGAAUGAUGAAGAAGGCUACGGGGAAGGAGGUUAAUGCUGUAACAUUGGUCUAUUGGGACAUCAAGGAGUAUCCGGUUCCCCCUGGCUUUGAUCCACGUCGGGUCCGUCCGUGCAUUAAUGGGCUCUUGGAAUCUCAUGGCUACUCUGGUCAUGUCACCAUCUAUGCCGUUGGCAUACUAACAGACGUACAUGUUGACAUCCUUCGAGCUCUCUCUUCCUCUGGGAUCAUCCUUUAUUACUCCCCCUUCAGUUCCUCAGCUAUCAUGUCACUUAUGGGUGAGUGGAUGGAUGAGAAUUCACCUCCAGCUAAUAUGUUGGGCAUAUGCUUUCCCAAUGCCUUCCCUGCACCACUUGUAAGUGGAUACAACCUAUUCAGGCCGUUUUCAUUUACUUCCCCUGAAGAAGACGCCAUCACCUGGAUUAACUUAAUUCUGACAGUGUCAGGGACGCUUGAGGAUGAUAAAUGCAGUGAAACAACGGAUCAAUCUGCCAUCUGGUUCUGCUCAAUAUGCGAAGAUCUUUUUGGCGAUGGCAAAGAUCUUCGUGGCCAAGGCUUUGAUACUUUCACCAGUCAUCUCUCUUCCGAAGUACAUAUAGUUACGAGGACGGAGUACCUGCCUGUCGAGGAUCAUUUACCCUUGCCGAGAUUCAGGGACGAGGAUGAGAAUCCCCCCACCAUUGUGAGAUGGCAACCAGAGGCAAGUUUUAACUAGUAUCAGCUGAUAACCCUUGAGAUUUCUACAUUUUGAAC